CAAACAUUUACUUUUCUACCGACAGGAUGUUAGUAUAUACUUCGUACGUAGUAUAGAAUAGUCUACAUGCCCAAAGAUAUCUCAUCCAAUAACACAUACAAGAAAACAUCUCUCUUCAAGAGAAUGGAAAGCAAAGCAAUUGAAGCAAACAUGAGAAUCACUAAUCAAUGGAGGAAAAUAAAAUCAAGAUUUCUUUGCCUUCAUGGAUUCAGAACUAGGGCUGAUAUUCUCGAGUAUGAAUUGCUCCGCAAAUGGGACCCAGUAGUCCUAGAUAAACUAGACCUAGUCUUUGUAAAUGCCGCUUUUCCAUGUCGGGGUAAAUCCGACGUGGAGGGCAUUUUCGACCCUCCAUUUUAUGAAUGGUACCAUACUAAUAAGGAAAUGACUGAACCACAUGAGAAAGUGAAUGAAUGUAUUACAUAUAUAGAAGAAUGCAUGAUCAAAUAUGGGCCUUUUGAUGGUCUUCUUGGAUUCUCCCAGGGAGGAAUGAUGGCAGCAGUCUUGGCUCUCUUACAAGCAAAGGGUUUGGCUCUGACCAAAAUUCCAAAGAUUAAAUGUGUGAUAAUAAUUGGAGGUGGGAAAAUAAAGGACAAAUCAGGAGCAGAAAAAGCAUAUGGUUCGCCAAUCACAUGCCCAUCUCUUCAUUUCAUAGGGAAGGAAGACUUCAUGAGGGAAUCUGGGACACAACUCCUUCAAUAUUUUGUUGAUCCUGUUGCCAUUUAUCAUCCCAAAGGCCACACCAUUCCCAGAUUUGAUGAGAAAAGUUUGGGAGCAAUGCUUUCCUUCAUCGAGAAAAUUGAAAGGGAUAUCAACAGGACAGAAAAAUUCUCCUUAGGGCAUAAAUCCAUGUUAUAAAAAGCUCUAAAAUCAAUUUGUAGCUAUGGAUGUUGCCAUGCGGGCGCAACACUUAUGAAAAUUAAAAGGGAAUCAUGUAGUGAAACUUUGUAAAGGUUAUUAAUAAUGAAUAAUGUUUGUAUGAAAAUUAAAUAAAGUCAAGACUUUUUAUUUGAUAUUUGAUGGAUAAUAGGAGUAUGAGAUUAUAUGUUAUUGAAGAGAUUUAG